UGACUAAGGAGCCUCCCAGUUUGCAAACCCAAUGAAAUUAGGUGAUUGUAGGACUCUCAUAACUCGGCUUAAUAACCUCUAUACAACCAAAUCUCUAACAACAAAUUCUCCAGAACAAAACACCAUCGGCUUUAUAAAUUAUAAAACUCUUAGGGGUACUAUGGUAAGGGAUAAAAUGGAAAUUUAGAGCCGAUUUGAGACCCUAAGAUUGAUAUCAAAAUUAUUACUUGAAUUUUCCUCUACUCCUAAGUUCUUACUGGCUCAAGUUUGGCAUAUUGGUGAUUCAAGAUAAAAACUCGGAUGACAUAUAUAUAAGAACUAGUAAACUCAGUUUAAUAAUAAUUAAUAAAAUGAACUUUGGCAAAUUUCGAAAUACCAUUCAAAAAAAUUCUCUUUUGGAUAAAAAAUCUGAUAUAGCUUUUAGGAAAAUUGAGAGGACUACUUGAGACUGAUCCGAGGCAUGCAGCUCAACUUCAAGAGCCAAACGAGUUUGAUCAAGUGAGGAUCAAGAUUCUUCUCCCUCCUCAAGAGGCUUGAAGAAUUCUUACAACCUAGGCUGAAAACCCUCAAACAGAAGCUCCCGGAUCUGUCCAAAGCUGGAAGUGGACCCACAAGAAAUAGAAACGGGGGAUGCUCAGACUUUCCCAGAGAAGAGCCAGACGCCAGUUGAAGAACAUAAGGAAGCUCUUGAGAAAGACAGAGUGGUUAUACAGCGAAGGAAUAGAACAUGGAGGCUUGAUAUUUCAGAUAGACUACCUAUUAUUAGAAGAAUCAUUAUUAAGAACAAUAUUGGACCCUUCAAAAAUUCGACAAAAAAGACGAGGUACACUAAAAAUAAGUACCUUGGGAGGAGGUCUAAAUAUAUCGGAGUGACUAAAUAAUAACGUUAACUGGCAAGCCUUAAUAAAUGUAGACCAUGAGAAGAAGUACAUUGGAACUUUUGUGAAUGAACUCGAAGCAGCAAAGACCUACGACUUGUACGCAAUAGCUAUGCAAGGAAAGAGAGCUCAUUUGAAUUUUAGCUACACCUCUGAAGAAAUGGUGACCAUGAUUGAUCACUAUCUUGCCCACAGACGCAUAAAUAUCGAUGAGCAUGAAGCAUAACUUAGUUCUUGCAUUGUAAAGUUCUUUUA